AGGUCGUGUGUGUAUCAUGACCCCACGGGAGCAGCUGAGGAAGAUGACAGCGAUGGGAGAACAGGGGGCUUUUGAUGAGAAGCACUGGUACCGUCUGGUCAACGGCAUGUCAGCUGGAGAGCUGAGGCAGAGGCAAGAAUUGAUGAUGAGGAACCAGAUGGCUAUGGCUCCACAGAUCCUCGCCCAGGGGCAGCAGAGGUUACAGGGGGUCCCAGCACAGUUCGAACCUCGCUUCAUGGAGAGGGAGCUGGUUCCCAACACAGAGAUGGUAGCUUCUGAUGCCAGACAGAUGCACAUGGGACCUCACCUGGGUCCACCUCUACCUCCGCAUGCGAAUGUCCUGCCUGGGAGAGCUUUCCCUGGAGCAGGUGAGCAUGGCCUGAUACAUAUCCAUUGCCUGAGAGAAUUCCCAGCUUGUCUGUAUCUUAAGGAAUGUGAAUGCGUGUUAUCUCUCGUUUUCUUUUUUUCAGCUGGCUAUGGCUUCUUGCACUCAGAGCCCAUGGAAACAGUUGCCCGGCGACAGGAGCUCAUUCACAAGCAAAAUAUAGCCAGAAUGGAGAUGAAUGCAAUCCUGCAUCAGAAGGAGCUGGAGAAUGCCCACCAGAAAGGACUUAUGGGAAUUGAUAACCCCAUGUCGUACCCUUCCAACCCCAUGGCUUUCAGAGGUCGUCAACGCAUGCCAGACGGCCAUGAUGUCUUUGUCCACCGUCCCACCCUGGAUGAACUGCACUCCAACAGCAUACUCAUGUCAGCCAGCCCUUACCCACCAAUCAGCGCGCUGCACAGGGAGAGGGGACGCAGGGCCGGCAGGAGACCCACUGUUCACAAGAGUGCAGAGAGUCAUGUGGCCAGCCUGAAGGGCCAAACUGAAGAUAAAAGUGUAGAGCAGAGCCCAGGAGCCACAUCAGGGGAGGAGAAAGAGGCGGAGGCAAAGGGGGACAUGGGAGACGAGUGUGCCACCAGCAAGACGCAUCAUCAAGCGAAAAUAGACUCUGAGCUCGCCACAGGAAGCAGGAAGAACUACAAAGAGGGGGAGCCAGGCCUGCGCAAAGCCUGUGUGAACAGUCAAGAUGGGUGUUCAGAUGCGGCCAACAGCAGCACAAAUGAUAAAGACAUAUCCAGCCAAUGUUCAGCUUUCCAGGAGAAGUUCAUGUAUCCCCCUGGUGGAGCACUCCCUGGCAUACCUUACAUGUUCCCAGUCCCUGAAAAUGGUUUCCUUCCACCUGGUCCACCCAACCUCUUUCUAAAUGGCGAUGAGGUGUCCGAAGACGUAAGGAAGUGGACAAUGAAUGAUGUUUACAACUUUAUCAACAGCAUACCCACAUGUUCAGAAUAUGCUCAGACGUUCAAGGACCACAUGAUUGAUGGGGAGACACUGCCCCUCCUGUCAGAGGAGCAUCUACUCGACACACUGGGGCUCAAGCUGGGACCAGCUCUUAAGAUACGCUCACAGGUGUCCAGGCGCCUAGGCAACAUGAUGUACAUGAUGAACCUGCCACUCUCCACCACCGCCCUGCAGGCCACUUCCGAGAAGCCCGGGGACCGCUCACCAGAGAUCGGCUCCCCUGCUAACUGCAACAGUGAGGAGAUGAUGGCGAGUCCAAGAGAAGCUGAUGUUCUCAAAUCAACAGAGCACCUCCACGAGACAGAAAACAACUCCCCACCAUCCGCCAGCAGUGAGGCGGUCUGAUCGGCACCGAUAAUGUGGACAGAUGCAAACCUAACCAGUGUGCACCUACAUUUGUUUACACAAUGACCAACUGGAUUAAAUAUACUUUUUUCUUGUACUAUUUGCUACCUGGAUGUUUAAUGCACAGUUUCACACUAGGCCCAGGUGUCUGCUAAAUAUUUCUAUUUUACAUACAUAUGCGCAUAUAUUUUUACAGCAACUGUGAAGUGAAACUGAUGUGGAUUUUGAGUUCUGAGACGAUAAGAAGGUCCAAUAUACUUGUUCUUCUCUUCUUUUUCAUUACAGGCCUGAUUGUAGCUUUAAAUUUAAUUAGGGCCUACUUAUUUUUUUAAGCUGCUAAGUGUCAUUUAUAGGCCAGCAUAAGGACGAUAGAAAUCACAUGGGAAUGGUCUUGUAAUGGAAUAAUGAAAUAUAUGUUUGGGGGAUUGGAUGUUUGAUACCUUUUUGCAUUGAUUGGAUUGUAAAUAAAGUGU